CCUUCGCCGUCCACAUCCCGUCGGUGCGUGCGGGCUGCGCAUGUGUGGGGUCCCCGUUGGUGAGGCUGGCCCUCUGGCAAUGUGAGUGCACAUUGUGUACCGACUGCGACUGGGUUGUGGGUAGUUCAGCAGUGGCGACUGGCGACUUCGGCCGAGAGUGGCGAGCGAGAGGAAGACGCGAGGAAACAUGGCCGAAGCCAUUGUGGACGGGACUUCGUCGAUGACCCGAUUUUUUUGCCACCGAUGUAGCGUCGAGAUCGAGCAUUUACGCCCGGAUUACACAUGCCCAAGGUGUAACGAUGGCUUCAUCGAAGAGCUCGAGAGGAAUAACACAGACAAUGGCUCCAGAAUGGAUAUGGAUAAUCGGGAUCUCAGUGAUCUGGAUGCGGACGACGAUAGUUUCGAUGAUUUCUCAGAUUCCUUUGACUUACCAAUAAAUUUAAUUAGAGCAGCGACGGAAGUAUCACAAAAUUCUGGUGCUAGGAAUAACGGCUUCAGGAGAUCGCCUGCGGUUAGAGAUAUAGCGGACUUUCAAGCGAGUCUUCGAAACACAAGUUCUAGGAAUCCACAGCAACAGCAGGGAUUUCCACCUCAAAUAGAUAAUUUAAUACAGGACUUUUUUUUCAAUCUUUCAACAAUAGGAUUUGGAUUUCCUCAAGGACAAGGAGGUCAAACGCCCGUACUGUUCUUGGGCAAUCCUGGAGACUACGUUUGGGGCCAAAAUGGACUGGACUCUAUUGUGACACACUUGUUAAACCAAAUGGAUGGAACUGGACCACCGCCAUUACCUAAAAAGCAAAUUGAGGAAAUACCUACAACAACAGUAUCACAGACGCAAGUUGAUUGCAAACUACAGUGUUCGGUAUGUUGGGAAGACUUUGUCCUUCAAGAGCCUGUUCGAGAGCUUCCUUGUCAGCAUUAUUACCACGAAUCCUGCAUCGUUCCUUGGCUCGAAUUGCACGGGACUUGUCCAAUCUGCAGACAAAGUUUGGGAGAUCAAACAACGGUCGAUGCAAAUCAAGAUACGAUUGGGCCAAGCAUAGCUGCAUUAUUUAGAGCUGCAAACGAAUCGAGUAGCAGCAGGACAUCUUCGGCAUCAUUGGGUAGCAGUUCAAGAAAUGAUUCACCAAAUGAAAUUUGAAAUUAAUUUAUCGCUUUCAUAUUAAUUGGCUACCUUCAUGUAGUGUAACAAAAACAGAAUUUUUAACUUUUACGUAUGCAUUUUGAAAUUUUUCGUUCUAUUUUUUUUUUUUUUUU